CAACACGGCACUCAAAAACAGAGAUCAUGUAGUCAUCGCUGGUUGUGAAAAGAAACUUGGAACAUCCUCUGACGUUGCCCUCUCCCUCUCCCUCUCUCUCUCUCUCUCUCUGAUGUUUCUUGAAGCAGAGACUCAAGACAUUACCUUGGCAAAUCAUUUGUCCACUUCUUCCGUCGACGUUACCUUGGCAAAUCAUUUGUCCAAUUCUUCUGUCGACAAGAUCCCUGGCGCCACGUUCUCGCCUUUCCUCCAGAAUCUCUGAAACAUAAGAAAAAAGAAGUCGCUUCAUCUUACACCCCUCUGUCUGUCUCCUGUUUCCUCCCCUCUCACUAUUUAUCUCAUCGACAGACAGACAUUUAACCUCGGCGUCUGUGCGGCUCGAGAGGCAAAGAAGGGGUUUCUAUAUUCAUUCUUUAAGCGGUCAUGGGAAGUGGGUGCGCAUCGGGUCAAUGAGCACUGCUCCGUUCUGCGUCGUCACAGGGGUUCUGCUGAAGAACUAGGAGGGGAUUGCAUGGACAAAAAAAGCAGGGGAAAUCGCGAGAAGACACGGAGGGGGCGGAUUUCUUGUCCGUGAUUGUUAAGGAAUUCGAGGGGAGUGGGUUGGAGGAUAAGAUGGGAACCCAGAAAAUCACGGUGUCGGAUCACAUGAACGGAUUGCCAGCCGAUAAGUCCGAUGACUUGGUCAUCGACAUGGAAAGCUUCUCGCAUCUCGUUCCUCCUCCUUGCAAGGACAUCAAUUCCAGAAUCACUUUGCAGAGAAGCCUUUCUCGAAAAGGGUCUCAGCGUGUGGGCGAGGACAAGGUCAUCUCCAAUCCCAGUGCCGCAGAUAAAAACGAUAGCCAACCAGGGAUCGUUCUGGCCACAUCCUCGCCCAGGGGUACGCCCAGGGGUACGCCCAGAGCUUCACUUCUAGGGUCCAACUCGAUGGACACAGCCACUAUGGCUGCUAUCGGGACGACGGAUCACACCAGUAAACUGCAGAACCACCAUCAGAUCACUGUCACCACAGGAAGCAUCGGGACUGCUAAUGAGAGCCGGUUCACUAUCCGAAGAAAUAGUUUUCGAAGAUCUUCUUCAUCAUGGAUUCUCGAUCCGAAGAGAAUCCUUUUCAUUUUUGCUACUCUGUCAAGCAUGGGAACGAUUUUAUUAAUUUAUUUCACCCUUUCGAUCAGCAAGUCAAGCACGGCUGGUGGUGAUUUUGACUUGCCGCAGUAAUCCAUCUUUACAACAGAGACUAGAUUCAGCUUUUACGGUUUGGAGUUUGGACUUUAAAUUCGCAGCACAGAGCUAGCGUAUGGUGAGGUCAUUUUUAGAGAUAAUUGGGCACUCUCUUCUUGAUGUGGAAGUUCAACCAGCAAAAACCAAUCAAAAUCGGUGAAGAAACGUCAAGAGAAAGGAAGGUGAAAAAGGAUUUUGGGUAGAUGAGAAAUGAUUGGUUUAGGAAAAAUGAAGAAGAAAAGGAGAGGAAAAAGCUGAAUCCAUUCCAUUGUCAUUGAUGCAGCGGGACCAGAGAAAUCUUCAUGGCUGGGCUUUCAGAGGAUUAUUUUUAUAGGUGAAGACACACUGCGAAGUGACAAAGAGGAGGAAUCUUCUAUUUUCUAAGUAAAGGGAGAGAGAGAUCAAAGGCACAUGGUUGGGUGCUCUGUUUUUGUUAGCAUCUAGUGUCUCUUUACAAGCAAUGGGAUGUUUCAGAAUUUCACUUUUUUUCUGUGAAUAUGUCUUCUCUUAUAUAGAUUUUGUUCCUUUUU